AUGGCGAACGCACCCGACCGCUUCAACUUGUUCCUCCUCCAGCCGGGGGAGCAACGGAUUGAAGUUCAGGAAGAUAUGCGUAUCCCGAACGCAGCUACCUUUGUAUUCAAUAAGGAAGAUCAUACCCUCGGUAAUAUGCUGCGGCAUGCCGUUCUUGCGCAGCCAGGUGUGUUGUUUUGUGGCUACAAAGUGCCGCAUCCUCUAGAGCCACGGGUCUUGGUCAAGAUCCAGACGGAUGGCACGAUGACGCCAGCGGAAGUACUUCAGCAGGCUUGCACGAAACUCAUUGUCGACCUGGGCUCGCUCAAGCAGAGCUGGGCGAAAGAGGUCCGGCUCAGCAACGAUAGUAGCGGCUACGGCGCGGGCGCCUACGGUACACAGCUCUGGAAUACGUACGGGGCUGGGGCACCGCUCGACGCCACGGGCGACGCAUAUGCUGGUGACGUUGAUCAUGCAGCGAGUGGUGCUAUUGGCGGCUAUGUAGAUAUGUAA